UCUCUAGUCUGAACGCAGCAGGUGAGCCGUGAGCAAGGGCAACCCUAGCAAGCGAGUAACAGUGGCGGCCGGCGAGACACCUUGGCGCAGCUGGGACUGUGAAGGCGGGCACAGGGCACCGGAAAGCAGCGGCGGCAGGUUCCUGGCAGUGCGGCACCAUCAAGCAGCUGCCGCAGCACCGCGGGUCGAGGGGAGGACUGAGCGGAGCAGGUACACAUUCCACAUUUCCAAUGACCCACCAACUGAUAAGUCCGAUGCAUAAUUGCAGCUGCGCUAGACGCACAAUCGAGGCGAAUUCGAUUUAAUUCCAGUAUAUGCAUUGAAUAUCACUCCUGUUUUUUUUUUUGUCUGUUCUUAUCUCUUAGAAUAGGGUAGUACUGAAGCACAAGACCUGCCCAAUAGGAGGAAUUGCCUCGUCAUCCUAUUCGUGUCGACAGACUCCAAGUCUCCAAACAUUGUUUAUUCACAUUUAACUUGGUAGGGGGUAUUUAGAUUCCUUAGUAAUGGAACAUAAAAAUGUCAAACACACUUGAAGAGAGAAAAUUCAUUCUAUUUUCGAGUUUUAUAGUUAUCAGAAAGUUAUGGUUACAUCACUCAAUUUGCAAAGUUUGGCAUGCAUAUCGUGACUAGCACAAACUUGUGAGCUAUCAUUGGUAAUUAGUGAAUCAUUCAUCAUUUGGAUAUCAUCAUCGGUGCCUCGUUGUUUUUCCCUUUGCUUCUGUUCUAUUUAUGUAUAAAUUUGGUUUGAACAAGAAAAAUUUAUGUAGGAUCCGUAUGCAUAUCCUGAAUUUUAGUCCUGCGCAUGCUUUCUAUACCACCCCUGCCUCACCACACAAGCACAGAGGACCACACAAACAGCGGGGCAUGGCAUCACCGGCAGGAAGGAGCAGCACCAGCCUCUCCAAGAUUCCAGAGUUCUUGGUGGGCCCUAUCGGGCAACCGAUGCCAGCAGUGGGGCUUGGAACAGCGUCACACCCAUUCGUGGAGGAAGAAGUUAGGGCUGCUGUUCUCACUGCGCUGGAGCUAGGCUACCGCCACAUCGACACUGCGGCACUCUAUGCCUCUGAGCGGGUUGUUGGCAAAGCCAUGGCUGAGGCGGUGCAGCGUGGGAUUGUGGUGUCUAGGGAGGAGCUGUUUGUUACGAGCAAGGUGUGGUGCACGCAGUGCCACCCUGAGCUCAUGCUCCCGUCCCUCAAGGAGAGUUUGCAGAACCUUCAAAUGGAAUAUGUUGAUUUGUACCUGAUUCAUUGGCCCAUGGCUGUAAAGCCUAGUAAGCCCCACUUCCCAAUGAAAAGGGAGGACAUUGUGCCGAUGGACCUGAGUGGUGUAUGGAAGGCUAUGGAGGAAUGCCAUCGGCUUGGCCUUGCUAAAAUGAUUGGUGUCAGCAAUUUCACAACAAAGAAACUGCAGGAGCUGCUUGCCAUUGCAAAAAUACCCCCAGCAAUAAAUCAGGUUGAAUUGAAUCCGACUUGGCAGCAGAAAAAACUAAUUGAUUUCUGCAAAGGUAAGAGUAUUCAGGUGGCUGCUUAUUCUCCCCUGGGAGGCCAAAGAAUACCUAAAAUGAAUCCAGUACGACAAUCUGACAUUCUGGAAGAGAUUGGAAAGGCUAGAGGGAAGUCAGUGGCUCAGAUUUCACUGAGAUGGAUCUACGAGCAAGGCGCAAGCAUGGUGGUGAAGAGCUUGAAAAGAGAGAGGCUUAAGGAGAACAUUGAAAUCUUCGAUUGGGAAUUGAGUGAUGAAGACCGGUUGAAGAUUGCUCAGAUUCCACAGCGCAAGUUGAUCACAGUGCAGAAUCUCCUAUGCCCUGAAGGCAUAUCCAGUGUGGACAUCUCGGAUGUUGAUGUUCUUGAAAUGUAGCAGUGAGCCAGUGACCUCCUAUUUGCGGUGGUGAAGAAUUUAGUGUACAGAGGGUUUGAUAUGUCAGAAGCAGCAGGUAUCUAUUUCACGGUGAAAAGGCGCAAGGAGCUACUUCCUCCGUUCCAAAUUAUAAGUAAUUCCAAGAAUUUUGGAGAGUCAAACCAUCUCAAAGUUUGACUAAAAUUAUAAAUAGAAACGCAAAAAUUUAUGACAUCAAAUAGGUAUACUAUGAAAAUAUAGCUAACAAAGAAUCUAAUGAUACUUAAUUAGUAUCAUAAAUGUUAUUAUUUUGUUAUAUAAAUUUAGUCAAAUUUAAAAAACUGACUCUCCGAGACUCUUUGUGACUUAUAAUUUGGAACGGAGGGAGUAUUGGCGGGGAUUUGGUGCCCACGGGUCACAGGAGAACUUGUUAUGGGGUGGUCAAAGGCGUGAAGAGCUGUCUGCACCAAUUUGAAUGGCAGCAAUUUUGGUGUUCAAGACUCAAAAGAGUCUGGAGCAAAAUUGAACAUACAGGAGACGCGUUUGUACAUUUUGAUUUAUGAACCUGAGCGCAGAUUGAGCUAACAAAAUUGAAAAGAAAUGGAGAUAUUUCCUCUCCAUUUCGUUCCGCCUUUUCCA